GCCGCGACGCUCCGUUUCGACGUCGCGAGUAUUGAUCCCGAAGUGGAGUCGCUAUCUGAAUGGAACCCUCAUCCUCUGGCUUUUCCACCCCUGGAAAGCGGGGUCUAUUUUCUCCUACCUCCCCAUGGGCCUCAUCCACGCUGCCACGCUCAACGCGAAACUCAUUAGGAUGUUUGGUAAUGCCUGAAUUUUACUGAUGCAAUCAAUUAGGCCCGACGUUGUCAAGCGAGGAUGGAAAUUUUCCGAUUAUAAGACAACUGCAAGAUCUUCAACGACGAACUCACCGUUUUUUAUGUCUAUCAUCUUUGUGUUUGAAAUUGUUUCCGAAUAGCCGUGGAUCAGGAUCUUGAUGUCUGCAUUGACGAUGAAAUAUUCUGACUGAAUGAUGGCGUCUUUGCUCAGUGAGCGAGGUUUUCCACGUUUUUUUCGCAUCACUUUUGAACGAAGAGCUUCCACCUCUUCUGCGGUGUUGAGGUACAGCAACUCCGAUUGAUCUUUGUUGUUGCGGGUGUAUAGUCGGAACAGAAUGUUUUGCUCGUUCGGAGUUAUAUGCUCAUCGGUCGUCAUGCAGUGCCACAUCUUAGCCACGUCAUUUAUCAUUUUCAUGACGUCUGAAUUGUUGCUAAAAGUUGCUACUUCUGUAAAAUGAAUGGAAAAAAAUGGAGAAAACAUGUAUUUUAUUUUAGGUUUGCUACUAGUGCUGAUAAUAAUGAUUCAUUUUACGAUGAAGAGAAAGUCCCGCUGACCGGUUCUUUUGUAGUUUAGGAAUUGUUUUCUGGAUAAGAUACGAACCGUAACGGAUACACAGAAGUGUGAGGAAACCCGGCACGUAAAUAUUUGUCAGUAAAAUCAUAUUUCAGGUUGAAAUUUUCUCACAUAUUAAUACUCAUGAACCUCAUGAAACUGGUUCACAAUUUUUAGAUUGACAGGUUUCAAGCGAAAACCGAUUACGUCUUGUUCAAAGGGUAGAAAUGAACGGCCAACUUCAAUUUGGUUGCAAGCUACAAGCGUAUAACUGGCGGCUGCGAGUUCGACAUCGAUAAAUAUGGACCCUACAUUGAGGCGGUUAGGCACGUGUUAGUCCCAAGCCUUGAGAAACAAGUUCUAUUCUUCUUGGAGCGCUUCGUUUAUAAUGAAGAAUUUCAGCAGUCAUCCUAUCAGUCCUACUUGAGUAGGUACAGAAAAUCGAUGCUGACUGCUUACGAAAAGUACAAUGAAAUCGGUACUUCGAUCGAGGCUGUGCGGGAUAUGCUCACCAUGGAUCACCUAGUGGAUUUUUUGUCACAUCCUUUGCUCACAAAUAGCAGGUUGACAAGAGUUAUUGAUGAUCUUGAUGCUAUGGAAAUUGAGAAAAAUUGGCUGAGCUACGUCAAUGUUCUCAACUAUAUCAACGAAAAGGAUUACUGGGUCUCCACAUCUUCUUCUGACAGCAUUUCCAAGCAGCACAGCAGCUUAUGUACAUCAAGUCGUGGAAACAUGCUCAGCGAUGGUAACGCAGAAAAAAGUCCUAACGUUUUCGGACACACGAGAGGACAAAAAAGGACCAGGAAACGAACCGUGACCCUCGCUGGCAGGAAACAUUACAAAUUAGAACGCCUGGCGCAAUUGUCAGACAGUGGAUCAUUCAGAGUGACGGAGAGUUUGUAUGACUUGUUGAAGAAUAGCUGGGACUUUGGGUGUAUUUUGAAGACGAAGCGAAGAUUCAGAAGUAACUGUGGUGGCCUGAGAAAAUCUAUUCUUGCAAAGUAUCGAAAGAAGCAUCGGGAGACUGGCUGGAAAAAUGAGAAUCUAACUCUUUUCAUCAGGAAGAUGAACGGAAUGGUGACUCCACUGACCGAGAAGGAAAACCAGCGAAACUCGGAAGUCAAAACUUCUUUAUUACUGCCUUGCAAAGUCGAUCAGUUACUCCGGAAGUUGGAGAGAUUCGACCCAUCAUUGUACAAAAUUCACUGUAGUUGUGUUCGAAGAAAAUUUCACACCAAAUUGUACAACGUUUGCUCUUGCCUGAAUAAUUUGCUUAGCAGAAUGAAUGGAAAGAUGAUCAACUCGACGUAUUUGGUAUGUGAAAUCCGGAAAGAUUACUUGAAUUUUAAACUGAAACGGACACCGCCGCUGAAGUGCAACUCGUGCCUCUUUUCUGCAAGGGUUAUGACUUGCGAUGCUUGGUACAAGUGUAAACUCAGGAAAGGUGGUUCGAGGCAACGGUUAAUAUCUCAGAGUUUUUGGGCUUCGAAGAAGGCGGAUGAACUGUUAACUGGAGGUUUUGUUCACGAGGAUUCCUCGAAGGCAUGUAAGAGUGAAAAUACUGAUGUUACCAAAGACGAGGUUAAUACAUCAAUUGAAAUCAGCUGUGAUAACUGUGGAGAUGGUGUGGGUGAUCAAAAGAGUGCAGCUGAGGGCUCGGCAUGUGACCUCAAGGAUAUCGGAAAUUUGAAGCUCAGAGAUUCUUCUUCGAUUAGCGAAGUUCUACAGAAACUUGCAUUGUCUCCGUUUCGACUUCAGGAAACUGAACAGAGUUACAAGCUCAGGUCCAAAAUUCGAGACAUUGUUCGCUCGCUCAUGAUUUGUACAUGUGAAAAGCCGGUGACGGGACACAAGGCAACACGGUCUAUUUCCAUUCAAGCGAUCGUCUCAUCAUCUUCGUUGGAGGCAAUAAAACAUGAGAGAAAGGUGCUACCGGUGGAGUCAAAGUCUUCGAAGGCAUUGAGUGUGUCUAAGAUUCUAUCUUUUGUUGAAAGAAAAAUUUUCCCGUCAAAAUCUAAGAAAGAUCCUGAUCGCAUGAUACGUCUAAGAUGCAAGAGAUCGGCACAAUUUGUGCAAUGUCCAAAACUACACGGAGCAGCGAAAUCUAAGAAUGCCUCGACGGCAGAAAAUUACCUCAAAGCAAAAGAACAAGGCACAAGAUGUAGGAGAUCAGUACGACCUAACAAAUCCGUGAAAUCCCAGGAAUCUUCGUCGUCUGGAGAGGCUGCUAAGCCGAAGCACAAAAGCAAGUUCAAGACCUCCGCUCCAAUGUCAGGAGGGCCAUUAAAGUCCAAAGAAUUUACAAGCUCACAAAAAUAUCCGUUACCAAAAGAACUUUUAGCAUCUAUAGCUUCUGAAAUAUCUUAUGCUCUAGCAAGAUCAAAUUCACCCGUUGAUUUUACGAACGCGGAUGAACCCGAUGACUUGUACGACAUUUCCGUCACUGUGGAGAUCGAAGAAAGUUCUCAAUUAUCGGACAAUGACACAGAAUCCGUUUCACGAGACACGCAUUUACUUCCGUCAAUGAAAAGCGUUAAAUUGGGUACGUGCCCAAAAUAUUUAACUCACGAUUCUUCAGAGAGCACGCCGUCAUCGCCGUUAUCGUCAUCGUCGUCAUCGUCGAGAAACGAAGUUAUAGUGCGCGAUAAUUUCACGACUAUGAACAAAUCAAUGAGGCCUAGUAGCCAUCGGGGUACAAUUUCCGCCGAUUCUUAUGACCGCAUGAGAUGUCUGAUCAGACAAAAGGUGUGCAAAAAAUUAUCGGACACAGAUAGCUGCCGACCAAAUUCUUCGAAGACGGUUGUUUCUACUGGAAAAUAUUAUUUCAGUAUUCCCAGUUCAAAGACGAGGCGAAGUCGUUUGAAGCAUAAAAUAUCUGAAUCCCCUUCAACCUCCCACGACAGUCUACGACUUCCGGUCUCCAACCCCUGUCGACAUAUGCCUGGAAGAUCACCAUCCAGUUCGUCCCAGGGCCGUGAAAGCUCAUCCGGAAAAAUCCCAGACAGCUACUGCGUUGAGAUUGAAAACGAAGAUUGCACACAAUCAUCAGUAGCUGUAACCUUCGAUAAUAAUUCUACGUACGGAUGUGUACAGGACAGAUUAGCAAAUAGGCACCUCGAGGAUAUCAUUGAUGAUUACUCAGAUGAAGCUGAGGAUUCCUCGAGACAUCUGGAUGACGAGUCCCAUAUUUGCAGCUACCGAUCGACUCGGGUGAGUGAUUUUCGGCCUUGUAUCGACGAGAAAUUAAAGAAUGGUAUCAGUAGAUACUGCAAUCUCGGAAUUAGCAGCGAAGAGAACAGUGAAAGCUUUGGUCGGACGAUGCCGACAGAUGACGAUACGUCUGCUAAUAUCGGUACGAUUAAUGACUCGACAGAGCAUUCCGACUAUUAUCAUCCCGGGUUGAAAUCCUCAAAGAGCUACGUUGUCGGAAGCGCCAUGGUUCAGAACAUUCAAAGAUUCAAUGACUAUCAGAGGUUUGAAAAAGUUGGAUACACUCGUCGAGCUGCCGGUUGGUCCACAUGUACCAUUAGAUCAUCAAGUUUGUGGGACUGUCGAAUAGAUGAUCCACCGAGCAAUCAUCGUCCAAACGUAAGGGACAACAGAUGCGAGUUGCCGCAGCAGAAGACCUUGAGUAUAUUCGAGAAGUACAAAAAGGGAUUCCGAAUCAUCGAUCGAACUCUUCGAGUCAAGUUACUGCAGUACGUUGAUUUGUGCAAAAAAGCAAAAAACAGCUUCCAAAAGCAGGUUUGUCUCGAUGAUAUGUGCGAAGCCAACAGAACUUCCAUUCUGCCCAGUGACUCGAGGAGGUAUAAGUAUAGUGGCGUAUAUUUUGGUGGCUGA